AUGAGUGAGUCAACCGGCUUGGAAUCGAUGUACGGGUUCUCGCAGAGCGAUGAUCGGGAAGCGCGUCGGCACGCGAGGUCAAGGCGCGCGUCGCCCGUCGCGCACGAGGUGAGCACGACCUGCUCUGGAAGGCGGCAGGGAAGCGUGAGCCGCGUCCCGGCGAAGUGGACCAGCACGCCCGACGCCGACUUCCCCAUCCACCUCGCGUGCGGACGAUGUGGUAGCACUUCGUCACGGAAAGAAGACCAGGAGGAGCUCGCGCUCCUGCGAGGUUGUGGAGUCUGGAGCAUGGCGAGGGUGGCGCUGCUUCUCCUGUAUGUUUCGGGUGUGUUUGAGCUCGCACGCACACUGCUCGUGGAAUUAGAUGCUAGGCCUCCAUUUUUCUGUGGAGGUAGAGGCCGGCUCGCUAUGUCGCGUGGCUGCGCGCUGCAGCUGCUCUCACACCCGUUGCUCACCUUCUCCACCCACCUCGCCUCCGCGCGCUGCGUCUUCGAUGAAGCCUGCUCCUGGACCUCGCUCCUCACGGCCUACGCCAGGGCCGGGCAGCUGAACGAAGCGCGCUCCCUGUUCGACGGAAUGCCGCACAAGACGCCCGUCGCCUGGAGCGCGAUGCUCAGCGCCUACGUCGGCGCGGGCGGCUUCGCGGACGCGCUAGAGGUGUUCGACGGGAUGCUCAGAGCCCGCGUGCGGCCUAACAGGGCGGCCUUCGUCGGCGCGCUGGCCGCGUGCGGCGCGCUCAGGGCGCUGGAGCAGGGCCGGUGGGUGCACGCCCUUGUCACCGGGAGCGGGGUGGACGGAGUGGUGGCCACCACGCUGGUGGAUAUGCACGCCAAGUGGGGGAGCCUAGAGGCGGCAACGCAGAUGUUCGCGGCCAUGCUGGAGCGCGAGCGGGACACGGAGGCCGUAGAGCUGUUUGGCCGGAUGCAGGACCGAGGGGUGCGCCCCAACGAGAUCACCUUCAUCUGCGUCCUCGACGCGUGCGCCCGCGCGGGCAGCGGGCUCGUGGGCGUCACCAAGGAGAUAUUCCGAACCAUGCCCACCGUCCACGGCAUCGAGCCUGAAGUGGAGCACUACGGGAGCAUGGUGGAUGUGCUCGGCCGCGCGGGGCUGCUGGCCGAGGCCGUGGGUUUGGUGAUCCGCCGCAGACGACAGAGCGCUCCUGGGCUUCAAUUUUGGCUGUUAGAUCUGGGCUUCAUUAGCUAG